UGGAGUCUCUUUUUUUUUUCUGCCCGAGAGAAGGGGGAAAAAAAGACAUCGAGAUCCCCACGGAAUCUGCUCCGGCGAUCAAAUUUUCAUCCUCACUUCCCUGUGCCUGACGAUAUGGAGUAUUUCAUGGGAUCAAAAUUCAGAGACACAUGGCAGAAAUGCGACAGAGUUUUCGUCAUCCUCUGACCACUCUUUUCUCUUCUUCUUUUCACUCAUUCUCGUGCGUUUCCCGGCCCGAGCAACCUGCCAGCUCACACCCAUUGGAUGUUCGAUGGGACUCUCGUCUGUCCGUUUCAAUGCACAAACGCUCGCGGGCGGACCACAACCCGCGCGCCGCUGCAUCGCACUACUGUACUCCGUACCCCUCCCUUUCUUCCUUUCCAUCUGUAUGCACUCCGUACGGCUGCGUUCCUCUCCAUCAUUUCCCUCUCACAGACUGUCACUCUCAUUCUGGAACCCCCGGAGCGUGUAUCCCUGCCUGCUCGAUAUUAAUAGCGCUGCUUUUGAUAUACCCGCUCAAAGUGCCGGCCGUUCUCCCAUUCUCAUUCCCAUCCCAUCUCUGAUUCAGUACCGACCUUGUCCGGCGUGUCGUCUCUAGCGUGACGAUACUCCAUGGUCCAUACUCCGUACCCAGAGGAGAGGACCACUACCGCAGAUGCCAACCUGCGGCCUGCUCUGCCUUACCUUAUCAUCUCCAAGCAACUUGUCUUUCCAACCCCAGCUUCAUCCCCCAUGUCAGGCCAUACCAAAAGCCCCAUAUCGCC